CAAAUCCAUCGAAAUACGUGCAUUUCGGUGAAAAUUGAGUUGAAUUUGCACAAAUGCAGUGCUGACAAAGUGAAACGAGAGAAUAAAAAACAAUAUUAAUGUGCAAAAUAUGCGGAAAACUGCUUUGAAAUGUGGAGAGCGCAGAACAGCGGUACACAAAAGAAGGAAAGAGAGAAGGGAGAAAAGGAAUGGAAUGAUGGCCGCUUAUACCUGCUCUGCUUCGAAAAAGAAACCGAAACCAGCCACCAAAAAUGUUUGCUGCCGGCUCUGCCGCUGCUCCUGCUGCACUCUUCGGAAUGCAAACUGGUUAAUGGUUCAUUUCUAGACACAGCCGGCUUGAGCAACUGUGGCCAUAUUUUUUCUUCUUUUGCGCUCUUCCCUUUUGAAACUGUUCUCGCCGCCUCCGUUUUGUGCCGCUCUUCUAAGAUAAAGAGCGCGCGUCUCGAGAUAAAUGCGAAAAAUAUUGUAUCUCAAUGGCCGCGGUGUUUCCGAUGUGAAAAUUAAACGAAACCGUAUUCAUUAUUUUGUGUUUGUUCUGCUCAACAGAAAAGUGUGUAUUAAAAAACCUCAAUAGCCCCCACAUUACGACGAGAAAACACAAACGACAAAACCAUAGUUGAAUUGAGUGAGAAUAAUAUAUAUAUAUAUAUAGAGAGAGAGAGAGAGUAAAUACACCGCUACAAUGUCGGAAGAAGUAGAUCGCAACGAUCCCGAGCUGAAAUACCUUUCGGUGGAACGGAACCAAUACAAUGAUCCGGCCACACAGGCGGAAUGGACACAGAAGCGCCUGGUCUGGGUGCCCCACGAGAAUCAAGGUAUGCAUUGUUGCUUGCAUUUUUCCGCAACAUGGAACGCGAUUAUUGCUUUCCGCCAAUGAAAAUUAUGGCAGGAAACGGCUGCGACAGAAUGUCAGGAUGCGUCGUGUUAAUAUUCCCCAAUAAUUGGUAAUAUUCACCCUAAGUCGAUGUCCAAAUAUAGUAAUUUAAGAACAUAAUUUAAAAGUAUGGAAUGGGACUCAUUGUUGUCAACCGGUUAUUACCGAUUCAAAUAAAUACUGAAAUAUACGGUAUUAUUUUCAAUAUAUACCGACGUAUUUUUGAUA